AUGAAGUCGGCCGCUAUUGCUCUCAGCCUCGGCGCCGUCGUCAAUGCUCUCACCAUCCGCGGCGGCGGCGGCAAUGGAUGCCAGUUCCACAUGACGGCCGGCGGCGACGUCGUCGGCUGUGUCGGCGAAAUCUCCUCCGGCCAGGUCCGCGCCGGCAACGGCGUGCAGUCCUCGACCUUUACCUUUCGACACGGCAAGAUUACCGACGACAAGGGCCGCGGCUGCUGGUGGACCCCCCCUACCGGUGUCCUCCAGUGCGACGAGGGCCAGACCCCCGACGGCGGCUUCUCCAUCGGCUGCGACGGCCGCGUCUCCUGGAACGGGCAGACGACCUUUUUCGAGUGCGCCACGGGCGAGGCCGGCCAGUGGAACGUCUACAACAAGCAGGACCAGGGCGCCAACUGCGGCGAGGUCACGCUCGUGUCCGACGGCUGCCACGCCGGGUGCCCACCGCCGCCGCCGCCGCCGCCCCCUCCUCCUCCUCCCGCCAAGACGUGCCCGACGGACCUGAGCGGGCCGUACGAGUUCCCGCACCUCAUCGUGCCUGUGGACAAGUCGCACCCGGACAGCGCGGCGGGCACUUCCUUUUUCGGCGUCGUCAACGGCGCCGUCUCGUCCAUCUUCGACUUUGACAUCCCCGGCGGCGACGCCGGCAACAAGUGCAGCCUCGUCUUCCUCUUCCCCAACCAGGCCGACCUGCAGACGUCGAGCUUCACCUUCUCGGGCGACGGCGUGCUCGACUUUGCCCGGCUCAGCGCGCCCGCCACCGCCGCCACCACGUACAACAACCAGCCCAGCAAGGCGGUCGACUACGGCCGCGUCACCGUCAGCCCCGGCCAUUCGUACAGCAUCGCCACGUUUGACUGCCCCGCGGGCCAGCGCGUCGCGUACGAGAUCUCGGCGGCCGGCAGCACCAGCUUUAGGUACUUCCAGGACUACAACCCCUCGCCUAUUGGUCUCUACAUUACCAAGUGCUAA